CUCUCUGGAAGUCUGGAUCACUCUUGGCUAGCUUGGGCGUGCAACUUUUCCUUGCCUUCUUAUUCACAUCUCCCACCGUUCACAUCUCUCAUUCUGUCACCAACCACCGCCACCAUCUUCUCCUCCCCCUCACAGGCUCACCUCUACUAGCUCCUCUCUCCAACCUCUAUUACUGCCGCCUGUUGAUCCUCUUCUUGGUGUUCUUCUACAAGUUAGCUGCACAUCUCAAUUCUUCGACAAGGCACCAGCAAGAAGAUCAGUUAGCGUAUAGUAUGAUCAGGAUCAUAAUGAAGUAGCCAGAUAUAGAUAGUUUCCACAGGUGUGUAUCUAGGUUUUGUGUGGCUUGUGAUCUGGUAGAACACACACCUUGGCACAUACUCGAUCGCGUCGUGGGCGGCUGCUAGGUAGCCAUCAGCUAGUGAUCCAUCGACCGAUGAUGGCCGGAGCACCGCCGAUGCACAUCUGCAUGGACUCGGACUGGCUCAAGGGCAUCGUCCCCGAGGAGCCCGGGAUGGGGUCGUCGUCCCCGUCGGCGGAGCUGAUCGCGUGCCCGCGGCCGGUGCACGCCGCGGCGGCGGACCGGCGCCUGCGCCCGCAGCACGACCAGCCGCUCAAGUGCCCGCGGUGCGAGUCCACGCACACCAAGUUCUGCUACUACAACAACUACAGCCUCUCGCAGCCGCGCUACUUCUGCAAGACGUGCCGCCGCUACUGGACCAAGGGCGGCUCGCUCCGCAACGUCCCCGUUGGCGGCGGGUGCCGCAAGAACAAGCGCGCCAGCGCCAAGAAGCCCGCCGCGCCGCCUAUGCUCCAGGCGGCGCAUGCGCGGCAGGUGGCGGAGACCGGCCUCCACCUGUCGUUCUCCGGUAUGCUGCAGCUGCCGCCUCCGACAGCCGCGGCGGACCCGCUGUGCAGCCUCGGCCUCCUGGACUGGAAGUACGACCCGAUCCUUGCAGGACCCGGUGCCGCGGCCGGCGCGCUGGAUGGCGCCGGCUCCGAGGCGCAGUUUUCCGGGGCGGGCAUGAUGGGCAUCCCCGGCGGCGGCGAGUGCCACGCGCUGAGCGCGCUCCGGUACGCGGCCGGCCUGGGCGAGCACCUGCAGCUUCAGGGGCUUCCGUUCGGGGCGCGCGCGGAGCACGACGCCGUGGAGGUGAAGCCGGCGGCGGCAGCGGAGAGGCUGCUGUCGCUGGACUGGUACGGCGAGGCGGCGAGCCGCGCGCCAGAGAGCGCCAUCAGCUCGCUGGGCGCGCUGGGCCUGUGGAGCGGCAUGCUCGGCGGCGCGCACCAGCACCAUGGCUCCUCCGCGGCCAUCUGAUCCUGGCAAAAACGUGCCUCUUCAUGCGAUGCGUUGCAUGCAUCGUGCAAGCAUUAGUGGUUUGCUAAUGGCGUUAUUAACGAGUGACUACGUCGCCGCAAAAAAAAAAAAGAGUGACUACGUAGAAGUGCUUACCUUUUUGUUGUUGUUUUUGCUGUUGUCAUCAUCUGUUUUCGUUUCAUCGUUUUGUUUGGACAAUCGAUGCUUGCAGCUUCUCAUUUCGGACGGUAUCUAGUUAACAUUUGGUGGUGGUUGCUGAAAUCAGGUUUUAUA